UAUAUAAAAGCCAAAACGAUAGAGAGAGAAAAACUAACGUCGUUUCAGAGCGAUAGAGAGAGAGAGACUGAGGGUUUUUGUGAUCGGAAAAAAAAAUCUUGAACCCAGCGAGAGCCGCAAACGUUAAUUUUCCGGCGAAUAUUUUCAACUUCUUCCGGCGAUGGGCAGCGAGAGCAAGAAUGGAGUAGGGACGCAGGUCUUGCCGGGGACGAAGAAGAUGGUGCAGAGUCUCAAGGAGGUCGUCAACUGCCCGGAGGCUGAGAUCUACGCCGUGCUUAAAGAAUGUAACAUGGACCCCAACGAAGCCGUACAGCGACUCCUCUCUUUAGAUACUUUUCACGAAGUGAAGAGCAAACGUGAAAGAAGGAAAGAGAUAAAGGAGACACAAGAGUCCAGGCCGCGAGUUCAGAAUGGUGGUUCAAAUCGUGGAGUUAGAGUUACUAGUGAACAUAUUGCUGGAUCAACUCAAACGAGUUACAAUGAGCUUGGUAAAGCUGCAUACAAGGGACAAAAUGGGUUUGCUGCUCCUUCACCUAAUUCUUCCAUUAUAGGAAGAGCUACAAACCAGCAACCUUCAUCUCACAGUGAUUCUUUUAGUACUUCAAUAGGGUCAGGUGAUGCCAUCUCUGCAUCCGUGCAACCUUCUCCUGGAAAUCAAUCUGCUUGGUCAACCACGAGCUCAGGACAUUUUUCAAUGGCUGACAUUGUUAAAAUGGGUAGGAACCCCAGCAAGGGCUCACAUAUAUCAUCUGAGACGUCAUCUUUGCAUCAGGAUGCAUUUGAAACAAAUUCGUUUAAUUACAAUGUGGGAUCUUCCCAAAAUUCUGGCGAUACUGCUGGACAGAAUGCUUUCCGUGAUGAAUGGCCCGUGAUUGAGCAGCCUAUGGCUGCUAGUGUUUCAUCAGCUUUGAAUGCAAAUGUGGAAGCGCAUACUAACAGGUCUAACUCAUAUAAUAAUGAAUCCAAUAUGCCAAGAGAUUACCAGUCAGAUAAGGUUCAAGUUUCAGAGGUGGAUUUUAGUAGUGAAAAUCAUAGUUCUGACCAGAAUGCGUCUGGUAGACCGAAAAUUGUUGAUGCUUCUGGUGGACGAUCUUAUCGUGUUGACAAUUUGUCUUCUAAUUCAAGUUCUUAUGGCUCUCAUAGACGCACCAAUGAGAAUGAGGAAGGAAAAGCAUAUCCAAAUCAUUUUAUGUCUGAUGAUGUUGUGGCUGUAUCAUCAGCUACUAUGAACAUGCAGCAACUGAGUUUAGGAAAGAAGGAGCCCGAUGAUCAGUGUACAGUAGUCCUUCCAAAUAAUUUGCAAGAAUUGGCUGCUGAUUGUUCACAUUUGAGUUUUGGCACCUACAAAUCAGGCCAUAAUUCUGCUUCAAAGUCUCAAUCCUUCCAAAAUGACUUGGGAGGAGCCUAUGCAGGAAUGGAUGCUUCAUUUUCUGGGCAUUUGGAUACCAGAAAUUCAGGGUACAAUCAUGACAAGCUUCUUGGAUCCUUAUACGACAAUGGGAAAGCAACCAUAGAUGCUAAAUAUUAUGAUUUUCCCGUACAUUCACAGCCGGAGCUAGUAAAACACGAUAUCCUUGAAGCUCUAGGGCAUAAAGACAUCACAUCUCUACCUGAUUUUAGUUCUGACAACAUUCUAAGAGCAAGUUCUGGAUUGUCUUUUGCAAGGGAAGAACCAAAAUUCAGAAAUAUUCCACCUCUUCAAAGUGAUAUGGCAUAUCCAGAUUCUAUGCGAAGUGAUCUUUUGGAGUCAACUUUUCAGUCUUUAAGAGGUUCUGAUCUUCCAUUCUCACAGUUGUUGGGGACACCAUCAAUGUCUUCAAGAUACAGCAGUGCAGUUUCAUCUGUAAACAGUCCAACCAUUUCCAUGUCUGAGGCUCUGAGACCUGGUGCCUUGCCUUUACCUGAGGCAUCCUCUGUGCUUCCUCAGCACCUUACAGCUCGGUCAUACUCCCAACCUACUUACGAACAAAUAGCAAAUAUUAUUGGCUACCCCUCUCCACCCCAGAGCUUCUCGCGUACUCCAUCAGCAUUGCAGCAAGCAUAUGUAGGUGGUACUGGGCUCCAUCAAUCUGUGGCAGGCAUGGAGUACAGCUUCCCUCAGCACAGAAAUGGUGCCUCAAUAAGCAGAGUGCCACCAUCUGCUGCUGCUGGUGGCCAUGGGAGUUUUGGGACCUCUACCAAUGUUCAUGGUAAUUUUUUGCAUAACUCAUCUGUCGCGCCCAUCAGCACUAGGGACUAUGAUGAUGUUUUUCGUUCUCAGUACAAGGAUGGAAACCAUUUAUCCCCUCUUCACCAGAGUUCGAGAACAUUGUCUUCUGUUCAAGACAGUGCAUAUAACAACUUACUUGGGCAGAAUCAACAGUAUGCAGGAUAUCAACAAGAACAGUCUGGACAGGUUCCUUCACAGUUGCAGCAUUAUGGGUCCAUGGGAUACCCUGAUUUCUAUAAUUCUCAAAUGGGCAUAACACAAGAACGUCAACGUCAAAGCCUCAAUGAAUCAUCCUUUGGUGGUAUUCCAGACUUGUCACCUCAGCAGUUGCACCAAAUUUGGCAGCGGACUUACUAAUUUUUUUUGGGUCCCCUUUUUCUUUUCCCAUCGGGGUUGUAGUGAGUUUGGAGUUGGCAAAGUAGGGGUGUUUACUAUAGUUCAGAAUCACGGUGGUUCUGGCUGGUUGUCCAAUUGUACAUACUCUGAACAGAGAAGUUAUUGUUUUGUGCCUUCUGCCCCAAUGUUGUAUCCUACGAAACUGUGUUGGGGCAUAAUUUUUGAAUUCAAUGGGACAGCUUGCCAAUUUUAAUACCA